AUGUCUUCUCGAUCCACACGCUCGUCUGCUUCGCAAACUUCUACUUCUUCGUCAGCAACUAUGACGUCGAUUGCGACUCAACCUUCAUCGCACCCCUUCUUGACCCCAGGCCGAGCCUCUACAAUAUCAUCGUGGCAACUGUCACUGCCUGAACGCCAAUCGCAUUCGCAAACAUCUUUAGAUGCGCAAGCCGCAUCCCGACAGGCGGCCGUUGAUGCCUACCAACAACUCAAAAUCCAAGCUGAGUCAGUCGUGCAUUGGCUUGACGCCAAGACGACUUUCCUACCGAUCCACGACCACAUGACAGCCACGGACAGCUUCCCCAUGCCGACAAAGCAUCGAGUCAAGAGCAGACUGACAGCCGAAGUGGAAGAAGAAUGGGAGCAGCUUCCAGGAUAG